CGGACACUGAACGACCGAGUCGAGACAAACAGGUCGUUUCGUUUCGUUUCUUCUUCUUCGUCACCUCGUUUCCUCACGACAGGAAGUGGAAACUUUGAGACCGCAGCUGUCAGCGAGAGGAGGAGAGAGUCUUCAAGGUCGAAGCCCCUGAACCACCACAGCAGCCAUGACGUCCAAAGCGAAAGAAACAAUCGUCAGCAAGCUGGGUUUCAAAUCCAGCAGCUCCUCGUCCAAGGCUGAGGCCGAGCUGGAGAAAGUCCGGAAGGAGAACGCUCACCUGAGGAGGAAGAUCGAUGAAGUGGCCAAACGACACGUCCGCCCCCCCAACUCAGACAACAGCAAGCUGCUGGAGAGGAUUCUUAACCUUGAGACGCUGCGGGAGAGGAACAACCAGCAAUUGCUGGUAAAAGAACAGGAUCUGGAAACUCUGAGACAGCAGCUGUCAGCUAGAGGAGGAGAGGUGGUGGCGUCACUGCAGGCCCAGCUGGAGCAGCGCAGGAAGGAGGCAGAGCGGCGAGACACGCUGUUCCAGAGCAUGUCACAGGAGACGGAGAACCUGAAAAACCAGCUGACGACUGUGACUGCUGGCUGCCAGUCCCUGGAAACACAGGUGACGAAUGGACAAGUUCCUCCUGCCGACUUGGCUCUGGUACAAGAUCAACUGAGAGAUGCUCUGGAGAAGAACCAGCAGUGGCUGAUGUACGACCAGCAGAGAGAGGCCUACGUCCAGUCGCUCCUGACCCGCACGCAGGACCUGGAGCAGCAGCUCGCUCAGGCAAAGCAAACCAAGCAGGAGGCCGGUUCAGACGCUUCUACAAACCUAGCAGAGAAGGAUGCUCAGCUGAAGAGCCAAUAUGAGCAGUUGCAGAAAGACCUGAAGAGCCAAAGAGAUCAGGUCACCAGAGGCCAGCAGGAGCUCAAUCUGCAGAGAGAACAGACGCUGAAGGCUCAGACCGAGCUGCAGUCGCAGAAGGAGCAGGUGACCCGGCUCCGGGACGAGAUGCUGGUGCUGCAGAGGAGGCACGAGGACAAGAGCAGCCAGCUGUCGUCCUUCCUGGGGAAGUACGAUGACAAGAGCAAAGAGCUGGACGAGGUCAAGAUGCAGCUGCAGGCAGAGCGACACAGCAACAGACACGCAGUGAGCGAGGAGAGAAAGGUGUCGUCUGAGCGGACAGACCGGAUGAGAGAGGAACUGGAGAGUGUGGACGACCGACUGGAGGAGGAGAGGAAGAGAUCUGCUGAACUUCUACUGCAGGUAAAUAUGCUACAGAAGUCUCUUCUGAGCCAAAAUGAGGAGCAGAGAAGAAUCACAGCACUGGAGCAACAGAUCCAAUUCUCGGCCAAGGACUUCGAGGAUGAGAAGAUAGAUCGUCAGAACAUGCAGCACCAGUUGCAGAAAGUGCUGAAGGAGCUCCGCAAGGCUCGUGAUCAGAUUGCCAAACUGGAGUCUGCUAAACAGCCCAAUAGCCGUUUCUCCGAGCCCAGCUCCUACAACAGGUUUGAGUUUGAGCGUCUGACCAUCGAUGACCACACGUCUCCAUCCAAAGUCUCCAACCUCCUGGACGAGAGUUUCUUGGAGUGUCCCAAGUGUCAGGCCUCGUAUCCCACCAGCCGCCACAGGGAGCUCCUCACACACAUGGACUUCUGCCUCGCCUAAACUCACACAGAAUCCACAUCAGUGGCUUCCAGUCAUGCAACAUUCAUGAUCCAUACAUGUUUUAAUACUCCAGAUAUCUACAGAAACUUCAAAUAUAAAAAGGGAAAACUUCUACCUAACUGGGUCAUAGAGGCACGCUGCCAGUAGCUGUUUCCAAUCAUGGACAUUUAAGUUCUCAUAUAUAAAAAGCCUCCUGAUUUGUUGAGGAGAAUAUCCAUAUUUUAGUGCGGGUCUGAGAGCAGCUAGUGGGUAACAUCAUCUUUUUUUUAAUGGAUCACAAACCUGAGGGGUCAGGAACCACUGUACCAGAUCAGGAGAUCAGUUCUAGACCUUUCAGGAGAAUCGAUUCUAUUGAAUAUGCUCCAAUGUGAAAACCAAAACUUUUUCAACGGUGAGUGAAAGGUAUUUUUAAAUUCUCAUAGAAAGCUCCUGACAUGGCCGCCAUCCGAUUAUUAUGCUUGUUCAAAGAUGAUAGGUUGGAUAAGAUAAAUCAAGAAUUAUUAUUAUUAUAAUCAUUUGCAUAGGGAUUUAUUUAAGACCCCAACACCUGUAAUUACACCCAGAGUGAAUAGUUAUUUUUUGCCGUCAUCAUGUCGUCAGGCCAAAGACUGAUUGGAUCAUCGCCCGUCGUUUUCCUUCCACAUGUUUACUCUUAUUUUUAUUUUUCACUUUUGUUUUUCUGUGAAGCUCUUAUUGAAUUACGUGUUUUUGAUUUUUUUUUUUCAGUGCGUGUGUUUGAUCAAAUUAUUUAUUCUCGGGUUCUUUUGAUAAGUGAGUCUUUUACACAUGAAAGCUUUUAUUCGCCUGCAGUUCAUUGAAGCAAUGAUAAUUAUGUAUUUCUAUAAAAUGUUCUGCAGUGACGGUGGAUUUUUGAUGUUGUAGAGUAGUUUACACACCUGCCUCGUGUUGCAUUGACAAACCAGCUGAAAACACACUGUCCACUCCAAGUUACACGGAUCACCGCCGUCUGUGUAACAUUUAUUAUUGAUGGUGGACCGGUGUGAAGACAGAGAAAUUACCCAUAAGCAGCGGCGGCCAUUUGACAAACUUGACAGUAAUGAGCUGAAGGACAAAAUAACAGGGAAUGUUUUUCAAUGCUCCAGUCGCAGUCAAUCAUAACGGUGGCUCAAACUAUCCAUCAGGUUUUUGUGUUGCCUAGUGUUGCCUCUGAUAUCUCUGGUGUUGUGUAGCAGUGUUUCUCCGCCUGGCGUCCGCUGGGACACUCUCUACCGGGAUCCCUCUCUCACCUCAACCAACGGGUUUGAAUGACUUAAAACAAACCUGCAUCUGGGAGCUUGAUCCGUCCCCUGCUGCCGGGGCUGUGUGCUCCUCCCGGUGUCAGUGGAGCCCGCUGCCGUCUUCACCCUGACUUUUCAAGGCUACGGCCCUGUAAGGCUGGAAUGAGAUUGCAGGAGUUAAUUCCUUGUACUAAUCUAUUUAAGGCUGAGGAUUAGUGAAGGUCCUCCUGGUCGGGGGAAAGGGGUUAAGGUGCCUUUAUUCCUGCUGCCUGGGCAAUGUGACCAGAUAGACUUAGGACAGAUAGACACUGCUAUUUUUUUUUGUUUGGUGUUUUAUGUGUGUUGUGUUAUCUUGAAAAACAGUGUGAUCCAAUAAUCGCAUUGUUCCUGACCCACUUGUUUUUGCUGGGUAUUUUUUGUCAUCACGUUUUAUUGUAAUCAUGCGCUCCAAAGUUGUUUAAUGAUGCACUGUAAUGUACAGAAACGUGCAAUAAAGCUGUAGGUCUCCA